CAAUAAGAAUCAUGAACUCAAAGCCUUCCAUCCAGCCCAAAUACAACAUGAACCGGUGUCCAAUACACAUUAUAUUACCUAUUCUGACCAUCAUUCUCCCUUAUAUAUCCACACUAAACCUUCCUAGUGGAGACCCCGCGCCGGGGAGAUCGCCAGGACCCCCCUUUUCUGAGAUCGAGGAUUAUGAUGAAACAACAACCAGUGAAGUGACCACAGUGCAGGUGAUAACUGACGCGUGUGAAUACGCGCGGAUUUCGAGUGAAAGUGAGCAGAUAGUGACACUGAGUGAGACGGAAAGUGAUGUGAAAUUGACAGUUAGCCACGCCGUUUUUGAUACUACAGAGCUGGUUCGUGGUGUUGUGUAUGAUGUGCACCUGCAGUUCAACGCACCAUCCCUCUGGGACUAUGCGCUUCACUCGAUUGUUGGCUCCAGCAUCAAAGGGAACUUCACGCCAACAAGCUUCUCCGAGAAGGCCUGCCUCGCUCCCCCCUACUUCAUACCGAAAAGGAACACUCGUGCGCACAUGUGGUCUAGUGAAUUUAGGACGAAAAGUGUUUACUUUAAGCCGCGGAGAGUUCGGUCGAUACGUAAACGGUUUCAUAGAUUUCUGCCAGCGCUGGUUGUCAGUGGACCUCUGGAAGGGCGAAGUGGUGUUGCAUUGAAGUGGUCCAUUGAUGCUGUUCAUUUAGAUACAGAGGAAACUAGUGUUGUUUUUAGGUUACGUUAUAGGACGACAACGAGUGCCACCAUUUACCAAGUGUUCUUUACUAAAACUUUAAGAUUAGAUUGUGCUAUAAGAAUUCGUAACCGCUCUGGGCGCAUACAUUCCGGCCACCUACCUCGCUCGCAUGGCUGCCACCUCAUAUUCCCUCAACCCUCGCCACGAAACGCCCUCCUCAUAGAACUACACAAACUCAAUGUACCUUGUUCUUCAGGGUAUAUCAGGUUCUCCCCAAACACCCCCACGAUAUGUGGGAAACUGGAACAAAUACCACUUCAAUCCAGAAGGUAUCUUUAUCAGUCUUCGUCCAAACCAGAACUAGAACUGCACGGUCGACCUACGUUCGCCGCAAUCUACCGUCUAGUAGACCACUGCCAUGAUGUCCUACUGACGGCCAGAAACGGCUCGUUCGACGUCGGCCCAACUGUCAAACUCCUCUGCUCCUAUAAAAUACAUUUACCCUAUGGAAACCGUGUUGCGUUGCGGCUCCAAAUGGGCACAAAGCCAAAUGAAAACUCUAAUGUCAUCCACGAGGAGUCCAAAGUUUUUUGCAAAGGAAUGGAACUGACCCUUCAAGAUGGAGAUUCCAGAUGGAAGCAUUGCUCCCAGCCUGGUGAUCCUCUACGAAGUGUACAGAUUAUAUCCGAAGGCAAUUCGAUUAGACUCAACGUUAGUAUACUUGCUAAAAAGAAUUCUUCUGCCAUGUGGUUAAAAGUUUGGUGGAUGGAUAAGCCAAUGGAAGAUAUGGUUGGAAACUGCGAGUUCAGUUGGAUAGCAUCUGGUGACUUCUGUGUAUCUGCUAUUAGGGAUAUUAAAAAGUCUUGGAAACAAGCGGAAGCAGAGUGUGUGAAACUUGGAGGGCAUUUAGCCAGCCUAGCGAAUGAGCAUCAGCAACAAAUUUUAGACCAACUUUUAUCCCACGCGCCUGGAAGCCACGAAGACGACGUCUAUUGGAUAGGAGCCACUGACUCCGUUCAUGAAGGGGAGUUCCGGUGGUCUGACGGUCUACCUUUCUCUUACGCACACUGGUUUCCUGGAUGGCGAAAGCAUGCGAGUCAGCCGAAUGAUGACGGGACAUCUGGACAAGAUUGUGUGGAAGUUCGCAGAGCUAUGCCACCACGACCAGCUCACCCCACCUUCUUAUGGAAUGAUAGAAGCUGUAGAGAGCAUAACUUCUUUGUGUGCGAGCGGCCUGGCGCAAAUGACCCAUACAAGGCUUCGUAUGUCCAGUGCAACGAAACCAUAGUCCUGUCUCACUCUUAUCAACACGCAACGGUCUCGAGCCCCGGCUUUCCUCGUCCGUAUCCUGAUGAUGCCGAGUGCGUGACUGAAUUACGGGCACCACCACAGCAUUCGAUAAGGCUGCAAUUCGAAGAGCUGCUGACAGAACAUGAACCUCAUUGCAGUUACGACUUCUUGGAGAUCUUAGAGCCGAAUAUAGACAACGUCACAGUACAUGAAGAUUGGUUGGGAACAGAACAUCACUCAUACAGCUCGGAAAAUGAGGUGUUUGAAGAACUGGAGACGCUGAUCCCAGAAUCUGACUCUAUUAGCGCUGGAUGGUCACGUGAUUCAGCAGUUCGCCGGCGCCGCCUCUGCGGGGAUUGGGGAGGGAAACUGAAACUCUUGCGAUAUCAGUCACGGGGCCAUAUUUUACGAAUUCGCUUCAGAUCGGACCAUUCAAGACACUACGCCGGAUACCGGGCGAAAGUGACGUUAGCAGACUCACAGUCAUGUAUGGACUCGAAGCAAAUCCUCUUCAAUGGCUACUGUUAUCUCUUUUCCGGAUAUCCACGGGCGUCUUGGACUACAGCCAAACAGGUUUGCGAAGGCUUAAACAUGCAUUUAGCCUCCGUCCAUACGUCAGAUGAAGAGCGAUUCCUUGUGUCAGGCAUCAGAACAAGCAGCGAUUACAGCGCUGGUGCAAUCUACUGGCUCGGUGGUUAUCUAGCUAAUGAAGAACUCAGCUGGAUUGACGGCAGCGCUUUAGGAUACCAAGCAUGGCCGCCUUACAACGAUACUGAGGAGUUCGAUGAGGCUUGCUUAGCUGUACAGUGGAAAACAUCUCCAGUGCCUUCGCAGCCCAGCGGGUUGUACUGGUCGCUUCACAAAUGUUCAGUAACCGGAGGUUACGUGUGCAAACGACGCCUGAAACCUGAAUACUUAGUCAAGAAUGAAACGGUUGAAGGAGAUUCUGGUGUAAUAAGCAGUCCCAACUUUCCGGCACUGUAUGACACCGAUUUGGACCACUUCACCUUGAUUCGAGGACCACCUGCCACGCGGCUGGUCUUCAUCUUCGAAACCAUUGAUUUGGAGUACCAGGGCAAUUGUCUAUAUGACUAUAUCGAGCUUCGUGAUAUAAUUAGUAUGAAAUCAUCAAGAUACUGCGGAACAGUGGACGGCGUUCGGUGGGUCUCCUCAAAGAAUGAGGCGCUUCUGCAUUUUCAUUCAGAUUAUAGCGUUCAAGGCACGGGGUUUCUUGUUAAAUGGCAUGCGGUAGAGUUGUCAGGUUGUCCUUCAAAAACAUUUACUUCUAAAGAAGGAGUCAUCACAAGCCCAAACUACCCUCAUUUUCUUUUACCUGAUCUGGACUGUACCAUGGAUAUUCUUGCUCCUACAGGAAAGCGCGUAUUUCUUAAUAUCAGUUUCUUCGAUUUUGGAUACGGAUCGUUUUUAAAUGGAAUUCCUCGAAACAUAACAAAUGUUAUCCCAAAAGACAAUUAUCUGGAGAUCCAAGUUGACUCACAUAUAGACCCCAUUCGCCCAUUUCUGGAUCCAAAUAUUUUGACCAACGGAUUAUUUGUUUCCACCUCGGAGGUGAUCCGAUUGAGGCUGAAAACUGGAAGAAAUGUUACUGGAGUUGGGUUUCUGGCACAUUUUAAAACUGUUAGCUUCCUCAAUAUAUCCAACGUGGUGGAAUUGGGUGACGUUCGUUCUGGCAAGAUUUCGUCUCCCAAUUGGCCAAGCGCUGGUCCUUCGCACGCCAGAGUCCGGACUAGACUAAUCGCUCCACACGGAUUUAUUCUAUCUGUGUUCUUUGCAAGUACUGUACUGGUCCCCAACACUGGUGUAUGGCCAUGUGGUGAUGGAAAAGGGUGGAUUGAGGUACAAGAUAGUUACACAGACAACAAUGGGACCACGUGGAUGUUAUGCGAGAACAAUCGACUCACGCGCAGUUUAGAAGCUACUGUUCCUCUCGUUAUCAACUCUUAUCUCCAUACACUUGUUGUCACGCAGCAUUCUGCCGAACGACCUGUUAACAUUGAUGUUUCUCUGGUUGUUAAAAAUGAUCCAGAAUACCACAGUAAAAUUCUCCUUCUCCCAGAUGAUACAAGUAUAGAGUCGUGUUAUCCAAACCCUUGUUUGCACGGAGCUCGCUGCGCAAACGAUGACACCAAGAAAUUCUGCCAAUGCUCAGGAUAUUAUACUGGUGUAUUCUGUUUGAUAACUGCCUGCGAGCGAUCGCCUUGCUUGUUCGGUAACUGCUCUUUGUCAGAAGACCCCGACGAUGUCGGUUUCAAGUGCUCGUGCGCACGUGGGUAUAAAGGAAAACGAUGCUCUGAACGAAUACGUCCCUGCGCUUCUAAACCUUGCAAUCAUAGAGGCGCUUGUCUGGAAAAGGAUGGAUCGUUUCUCUGUCAGUGCAAUCCAUCUUGGAAAGGGAAACGUUGCGAAAUGCCAAAUCCAACACCGAACAUCAUCGGAUUGGGUGCUAGAAUGAUGCAAGAGCCAUUUUGGCUCGGCCUCUUCGCCGUAUUCUCUGUCUUAGGAAUGGUUGGUUUGAUUUGGUGUGCGAAACGGCAUUUCCCUGAGAAAAUUGAAAAAUUACUAGCGGAAGAGGCGGACAGGUGUGCAAGACGAUCACCAUCACCUCGUAAAAAACGCAACAAUUCAACACCAACUAAGAAAAAUGCAGCUGAAAAGAAGCAAAUUUUACAGCAGCUUAUAAGUCCCGCGGCCACCAGCGAACAUUCAAAAAAAAUUACAAUGUGCGAGUUAAUACAGAUGUCUGAAAAGAAAACCUUAAGCACAGUAGAGAGUGCUCCCGCUUUUGUACAAUACGGCAUAGAAAAUAAGGAUACGUCAUUUGCAAGUGAAGCUUCCUCCCCUUCCACAUCACCGUCAAUGCGCCAAAUAUCGGAUCCAAAAUUAGAGAAAAAAGUUACUUUCGCUAGAUUAUUAAAUAAGGUUUCAGCUGAAAUGAGUUCUAGUUCUGACGCAGACAUGGUGAAUACAAUAGCUAUACCAAUGGCAGUUAUUUCUGAUAGAACUUUAAAAGCUAAGGCAUCCAGUACGCCACCUUCUCCGGGAGUUGAAAUAAGGUCACCACAUAGCACAUCAAGCAAUCAAGGAAGUGACUCUAUGUCCAGUUUAGAUUUAACUGCUCAUUCCACGCUGAAAAAGUCUUCCAGGACGCCCAAAAUCUCAAGUGCAGACUCAAUCUUAGCGAUGUUUCGAAACUUUUCAUCGUCAGCAGCUCUUACAUCUCGCGCUUCGUCCGGUGGAAUAUCCAUAUCGAGUACACCAACAGCCUCAUCUCCACAAGAUGAUACCAUGGAUGCUGAUGAUGUGUCGAUUAGUUCUUUUCAUAUACCUUCCUUAGCGCCUGACUCGCCGAUAGCUAGACCUCAUAACACCAUUGAAAUUCAGGUCGUCGAUCCGCUAAAUGCCCAUAAACCAUCAUCAUCUAGCAAUUUACUGCAUCCUCCGUCCAUCCUCCUUGAGGUUCCGAGUUCUAUAAACAAGUGCCUAUCUCCAAUUCGGGAGUUACCUACCCCACUUCCUACUCCCUUACCUACCCCCCUUCCUACUCCACUGCCAUCUCCCAGGAUGCCAAGAGUCAAAGUAGAACCAGAUAAUAAAAGUGAAUCAACGUUAACGUGUAUCUCACCUAGCGAAGACGAACUGGAGGAAAUUAAAACGGAAAAAUUUCGACCAUUUCCUGAUUUGCGUUUGAAGCUACGUCGCCCAGAAAUAUAUCCAGACACGCCAACUUCAUCUACAUUAGUCACCGACUCUCCAAGUCCCAGUUUUACGCACAGUCAUGAUUCUGAGCAUGAAAUGUCUUCUCCAUCUCCCGCCACAACAUCUCUUCGAGUACCCGUUCUUACAAUAGAGAGACCUUCGCCGGGUUCACCUCCACCGAGAAGAACCCCACCACAUUUAGAGUUUCAACCUCCCUUAAUAACGGUUACGUAUAAUGCAAGCGAAGAAUCUGAUGAACCACUGUCUCCUAGACCUCCACCAUCGUCGUCAAAUAUGUGUUAUUUGAGUCCUUUCUCGAUGGCAGUGCGAGGUGAGCGAGCCCCGUCUGAAUCAAAUCUAUCCUCAUCGGGAUACAGUUCCAUGGCCAGCCCCGGUCCGUCCCGAUGUGGUUCCAGCAACCCCUUAUGUCCUUCGGAAAUGGAGGACCCGGGCUCCGGUGGUGGUCCUUCGUGCUUUCAAUCUAGACGGCGACCCCUAAUGAAAACCAACUCUAGUCCGGCGACAUCCAAUGAAGGCUGUGACGAUAGGCGGAGAGGUAGAUCCGAUUCUGAAACGUUAUCUGAUGAUCCGUUAUUGGAAUCAAAUGAUGAAGGCAUCGGGACCGAUGAGAGAGUAGAUGACUUGCCUUCGAGUGCGAAAGAAAUGGAGACUCUUGUAGUUUUAAAAGAAACCUUAGAUAUACCGUUACCGCCCUUGUGUCCGCUUGGUGUAACAAAAUGUACUAUAGUUAAAUGUAUAAGUGUAGAACGUGGCCUAGACGAGAAGGCGUGUCUUCGACCCCCUACGUUAUUUUCGGACUGUAGUCGUCCGUUAAGUCCAGUUAGCUCUAGAAGCGAGAGUCCUCUUAGUGAUAAGACCGGUAUGGGAAGGUUUUCUCCUCAAUUCGGGCGACCAUUACCGUUCACUGAUUCCGAUGGCCUUUACGACUUUCCCAGUACUGAGAGUGUAAAGGGAAAUACUUGUAAAAGUAGUGGCAGUUCACACAGAAAGUCAGGAAGGAGAAAAGAUAAGAAAUCUUCGAGGACGGUGUCGCAUGAAGUGACGGGAGCAACAAAAUCUACUCUACCUCAUAUGCCACAUUCCAUGCAUAAUUUGUUGGAGGUACCAUGUUACAACCGAGGCCGCAAAGUCGGCAGAAGACGCUCACGUUCCCAAGUGCCAGCACUUGCUUCCUCGUCAUCAUCAGAGGAAUCUGUUUCCAACGCCUCAGUGGCAUCUAUUGCUUCGGCGAGGGAACUGAGGCUUCCAGACUUGGACAUGCAGGUCUACACGCAAAUAUCGCGACCUAUUGCUUCACACUCAGAGCCAACACGUCUGAAGAAACCGUUCCGCCGACAGAAAUGCCGAAGUUCAGAGGACACAACUUCAAAGAUAUCGUCUAGUUUAGAUUUAACUGAGGGAUCUCGGAGACCCGUGAAGGUUAACAAGUUGAGGACUAUUAGUAAUCAGAUAAGGUUUCUCCGUCGCCUAGAAAGAAGUUUAAAAAUGAAGCAAAGCUAUCCUGUAAUAUCUGACGAUGAAGGGGACGAGUCCUCCAGUGUCACGUCACCUUUACUCCAGGGCAGGAAGGACCACAACCGAUUGCCAUGUCACGCGAUAUCAGCUCCUCUGUUAAGUGCUGCAAGACCCAAAAUCACGAGGCAAAGACGUUACGAUAAGUCGUUCGUUCACGAUGAAACGAGAACGUUAAGUGCUGCUCCCGAUAAUUCAGACUAAUUAUAACAUUUUUUAUCGUUUUGUAUUCAAACAUUUACAUUAGCAAGAUAUCAUUUAAAGGAAUAUACUGAAAAUGUUUCUAAAACCUUAAGAUCCCAAUCAGUUGGUUGAAGGCAGAUAUUUGAGUCUCCGGUGGUAGUUGUAAAGUCUCAUUUAAAAAUUUAAAUGUGAAUUCAUAACAUUAUUUACUUGAUAACUAUAUUUAUAUGUAUUUGAUUAAAUCCCUAAAAUAUGUUUUGAAGAGUCUGUAGAUGCGAUCCUUUUUUACUAAGAGCCAAUACAUUGUCUUACCACACACUGUUGCCAAGUUGCGUACCGAAAUUUCCAAAUAAAACGUAUAAUCAUCACCUCACAGCAAAAUAACUUCUCUUAUCAGUCCUCAAAUCUCAUUGAAAUCCAUCCAUAUUUUCUCGUCUGUAUUCUGCGUUAUGGUUCGUACUUAAGUUACGGCAAAACGUUUAAAUCGUACAAUUUUUAUAUCAACUAUACUUUGACAAGUCGCAUUCGAAAUUUUACAAUAUUCUAAGCUAAUGUGAUAUGUAGUAAGUGACAUGGAAUUGUAGUGUUGUUAACGUAGACUAUAGUGCCAUUAUCUUUCGUUCGGCGUGUUCUUAGUGAGUUUAUCUAGUGAAAUAACAAUGUAAAUAAUUUUCUCAUAGCAAUAACUUGUUUUAUAGAUUGUACGAAGUAUUUUAAGCAAUUGAAUAAUAGGACAUAAUCCCAUCUUAUGAAACGUAAUUGUCAUUGCAUCAAUUUGUUCAUUAAUUUCGCACUCCGCUAUUUUAUUAAUACUAUCUAUUGUUACAAAUGUUUUUGUAAAUAUUUUUUAAACAUAUUGCUCAAAUGCAUAUUUUGUGAAGUUGUCUUUUGCGCACUUUUUGCUACUUUGUAAAUAAUUUACUUUAUAAUGUAAAUACCGGGACAUGAGAGAAUUUUUCUUUCUUCGUGUAUUUAUGAGAAGACUUGUAAAUUUUUAGAGUUAGUUGAAAAACGAAAGGCCCAAAAAAAUCUGUAUACCAAAUGCACAAUUACUAUAUUUAUCUAGGCACCAUUAAGGACCGUAGCUAACUUGCAUUAAAAA